CUCUGAGCUAGGACACCCCGGGGCAAGAUGGCGGUCGGGCCUCGGACGCUGCCCCGGGUCUGGCAGAGCUCGAGGGCACUGAGCUGAGGCGGCGGUAGCUUUGGCCCCGACCCGGAGCGCGGGGGCCUCGAGCGGAUAAAGGUCUACGGCCUACGGGAAGGACAAGCUCCUCUGAAGUGAGAAGCUGCCCUCGGCAUAGUGAGUCCUGUGCAACAUCACUAAUGAUUACCUGGCGUUUCUGUGUCACAGGCAGGUCCUCAGGGUUCGUGCAAACUUGCAAACAUGUUCACCGUUUCUCAGACCUCGAGAGCGUGGUUCAUCGAUAGAGCCCGUCAGGCUCGGGAGGAAAGGCUGGUGCAGAAGGAGCGGGAGCGGGCAGCCGUCGAGAUCCAGGCCCAUGUUCGCAGUUUCCUGUGUCGGAGGCGACUGCAGAGAGAGAUCCGGAGAGAGAUCGAUGAGUUUUUUAAAGCCGAUGACGUGGAGUCCAGUAAAAGAAGCGCACUUUGUAUUUUUAAGAUUGCCAGGAAACUGCUGUUCUUGUUCAGAAUUAAAGAGGAUAAUGAGAGAUUUGAGAAGUUGUGUCGCUGCAUCCUGAGCAGCAUGGAUGCUGAGAACGAACCCAAGGUGUGGUAUGUGUCCUUGGCUCUUUCCAAGGAUCUCACCCUCCUGUGGAUUAAACAGAUCAAACACAUUCUUUGGUGUUGCUGUGAGUUUCUUGAGCAGCUCAAGCCUGAAAUCUUACAGGACUCCAGACUCAUCACGCUGUACCUCACGAUGCUUGUCACCUUCACAGACACUUCAACAUGGAAAAUCCUCCGCGGAAAAGGGGAGAGUCUUCGACCAGCCAUGAACCACAUCUGUGCAAAUAUAAUGGGACAUCUCAACCAGCAUGGAUUCUAUCCUGUGCUGCAGAUGCUGUUAACCCGUGGCCUGGCAAGACCCCGGCCUUGUCUGUCCAAAAGCACUUUAACUGCGACCUUUUCUCUCGCACUGCGCCCUGUGAUUGCUGCACAAUUUUCAGACAGUCUGCUUCGGCCAUUCCUCAUCCACAUCAUGUCUGUGCCUGCUCUCGUGACUCACCUCAGCACAGUGACCCCUGAGCGCCUCACCGUUUUAGAAUCUCAUGACAUGCUUCGUAAAUUCAUCACAUUUUUAAGAAACGAAGAUCGAUGCCGUGACGUAUGUGAAAGCUUAGAAGGAUGCCAUACGCUUUGUCUCGUGGGCAACCUUCUGCAGUUGGGCUCCCUCAGCCCCAAGGUGUUAGAGGAAGAGACGGAUGGGUUCGUGAGUUUGCUCACCCAGAUGCUGUGCUACUGUCAGAAGUACGUGUCCCAGAAGAAAUCCAACCUGACGCACUGGCACCCCGUCCUCGGCUGGUUCUCCCAAUCUGUGGACUAUGGCCUUAACGAGUCCAUGCCCUUGAUCACCAAACAGCUGCAGUUCCUGUGGGGGGUGCCUCUGAUCCGGAUCUUCUUCAGUGACAUCCUGAACAAGAAGCUUCUGGAGAACCAGGAGCCAGCCCACGCACAGCCGGCAUCCCCCCAGAACGUGCUUCCCGUGAAGAACCUCCUGAAGCGCGCGUUUCAGAAGUCCGCAUCAGUUCGGAAUAUUCUCAGGCCUGUUGGGGGUAAGCGUGUGGACUCUGCGGAGGUCCAGAAGGUCUGCAACAUCUGCGUCCUCUACCAGACCUCGCUGACGACUCUGACCCAGAUCCGGCUGCAGAUACUCACAGGACUCACUUACCUUGAUGACCUGCUCCCCAAACUGUGGGCGUUUAUCUGUGAGCUGGGGCCCCACGGAGGGUUAAAGCUCUUCUCGGAGUGCCUCAACAAUGACACCGAAGAGUCCAAGCAGCUCUUGGCCAUGCUGACGCUGUUCUGUGACUGCUCCCGGCACCUCGUCACGAUCCUUGACGACAUCGAAGUUUACGAAGAACAAAUUUCAUUCAAGCUGGAAGAGCUGGUCACCAUCUCCUCUUUCCUGAACUCCUUUGUGUUUAAGAUGAUCUGGGAUGGGAUCGUAGAGAACGCCAAGGGGGACACCUUGGAGCUGUUCCAUUCUGUCCACGGCUGGCUGAUGGUGCUGUACGAGAGGGACUGCCGGCGGCGCUUUGCCCCCGAGGACCACUGGCUGCGAAAGGACCUGAAACCUAGCGUGCUCUUCCAAGAACUGGACAAGGACAGAAGACGGGCGCAGCUGAUCCUGCAGUACGUCCCUCAUGUCGUUCCCCACAAAAACAGAGUUCUCCUGUUCCGAAACAUGGUUACCAAGGAGAAGGAGAAACUGGGGCUCGUGGAAACCAGCUCAGCCUCUCCCCACGUCACCCACAUCACAAUCCGACGGUCCCGCAUGUUGGAGGAUGGCUACGAGCAGCUCCGGCAGCUGUCCCAGCACGCCAUGAAGGGCGUGAUCCGUGUGAAGUUCGUCAAUGACCUCGGGGUGGACGAGGCCGGCAUUGACCAGGACGGUGUUUUCAAGGAGUUCCUGGAGGAAAUCAUCAAGAGGGUGUUCGACCCGGCACUCAAUCUGUUCAAGACAACCAGCGGGGACGAGAGGCUGUACCCUUCACCCACGUCCUACAUUCAUGAGAACUAUCUACAGCUCUUUGAGUUUGUGGGCAAGAUGCUGGGGAAGGCUGUGUAUGAGGGAAUUGUGGUGGACGUGCCCUUCGCCUCCUUCUUCCUGAGCCAGCUGCUCGGGCACCACCACAGUGUCUUCUAUAGCUCCGUGGACGAGCUUCCUUCACUGGACUCAGAGUUCUACAAAAACCUCACUUCUAUUAAGCGUUACGAAGGGGACAUCGCUGACCUGGGCCUGACUCUGUCGUACGAUGAGGACGUCAUGGGUCAGCUCGUUUGCCAUGAACUGACUCCUGGAGGGAAGACCACGCCAGUUACGAAUGCAAAUAAGAUUAGCUACAUCCAUCUGAUGGCCCACUUUCGAAUGCACACUCAGAUCAAAAACCAGACAGCUGCCCUCAUUAGUGGGUUCCGUUCCAUUAUCAAGCCCGAGUGGAUCCGGAUGUUCUCGACCCCCGAGCUACAGCGUCUCAUCUCCGGUGACAAUGCUGAGAUUGACCUGGAAGAUUUAAAGAAGCACACGGUGUACUACGGUGGGUUUCACGGAAGUCACAGGGUCAUCAUCUGGCUCUGGGAUAUUCUGGCCUCUGACUUCACACCUGACGAGAGAGCCAUGUUUCUGAAGUUUGUGACCAGCUGCUCCAGGCCCCCGCUCCUGGGAUUCGCCUACCUCAAGCCUCCUUUUUCCAUCCGCUGUGUUGAAGUGUCAGACGAUCAGGACACCGGGGACACCCUCGGCAGUGUCCUCCGGGGCUUCUUCACCAUCCGCAAGCGGGAGCCAGGCGGCCGCCUGCCCACAUCCUCCACCUGCUUCAACCUGCUCAAGCUGCCCAACUACAGCAGGAAGAGCGUGCUCCGCGAGAAGCUGCGCUAUGCCGUCAGCAUGAACACGGGCUUCGAGCUCUCCUAGCUCCCGCGCCCGCCCCCACCCUGGCCGACUCCCGGCGUCCCGGGCCCUUCGGCUCCGGGGGUAGUGGCGCCCUGGGAAAGUGACCACAAGCCAGGUGACCUCUCGCUCUCUAUAGCCAUGAGACUCCCCUGUGGCCUCAACAACUUGGGACGCACGUGACAACUCCAUAGCAUUCCCUAGGUGACACUGAUGGGAAGGGUGUUGAGAAUAAACCUCCAAGUUCCGCCA